GCGGAGGUGCAACUGUUCAACCUCAUUCGAAUCUAAAGAGUAUCGACGCAACCAUAUUGUCAAAUCAAGCUUGUCGUUGCGAAAUGCCGUCUGUAAACUUUCGAGCUAGUGAGCUCGGGACGCCUUAUCGCGGCGAUAAGGAAGCUUACCCGGAACCGCUUCAUGCAGUCUUGACGUACUCGCGUGAGAGACUGUCAUUCCACUGAAGAAUGACAGUCAAAGAAUUCUAUUCACAACACCUCCUCAAAACAAACAACCUCGUACAAGAUAUGGACCUUUCGAGUUGACGGAAACACGUGUUUGUAUCGGCUUUCCCCAUCGUGAUAUGAUCACAGUCAGUUGAUCAGGCACGGUCAGCACCAGCGCGGAAUCGUCGGGAGCGCACACGACAAUCUGCCUUGAAGAGUUGGAGGGUGGGGUGAGACACUGGGCUGAAUCUCGAUAUCUACGAACAUAAGAAGCACGAGGGCAGGCACUUCCACAGACGCAGCAAACAUGGCGACGGAACUCAGGCAACGGAAUACGUCUGCAAAGAAAGCAGCAGUUGACACAGAGGAGAAGGUCCAAGCAGAACACCCAGGAGGGCAUAUCAAGCAUUCGGGAGCAGUGCAGAUUCUUCGACUCUUGCUGGUUGUCGUGUACUUCUUCUCGUCAUGUUGCACUAUUGUCGCAACCCAGUUCCUAGGAGUUCCUCUCUACUGGAUCAACAGAGAUUUAUACUAUGCCUACAUGGCGUUGACGAAACAGUCUUUCGGGAUAUUUGUUACAACUUUGACAAACUGGUGGGCCCCUACGGUUGUGCGAAUAAGUGGUGAUGCCUCUGUGGCAGGUCAGUUGAAGAGGAGGGCAGAUGGACGAGUGGAAUGCCAUUUCCCAGAUAGAAUGGUUCUGAUUGCAAACCACCAGAUAUAUUCCGACUGGCUAUAUUUGUGGUGGAUAGCAUAUACAAACCGGCCUCACAUGCACGGGCAUAUUUACAUAAUAUUGAAGGAGUCGCUGAAGCAUAUACCCGUCGUAGGCUGGGGAAUGAGGUUCUACAGCUUCAUAUUCAUGUCUCGGAAGAUGUCCACAGAUCAACCACGACUAGCACAUCGCUUACAAAAGUUGAAGGAAGUUCAUUCAGGCCCCAUGUCUGGAACUUCUGGGCUCGAUCCAAUGUGGCUGUUGCUUUUCCCAGAAGGAACAAAUGCAAGUGAUAAUGGCAGGCGGAAGAGUACGGCAUGGGCAGAGAAACAGGGCAUCAAGGAUAUGGAGCAUGUUCUCCUGCCCAGAAGUACUGGAACAUUCUUCUGCUUGAACGAGCUGAAGGGUACCGUGGAUUACGUUUAUGACUGCACACUGGCAUAUGAAGGUGUUCCACGAGGAGAAUUCGGCCAAGACCUCUUCACCCUACGGUCCAUGUAUCUUCAAGGUCGACCACCACCAUCCGUGAACAUGUACUGGCGACGCUUCGCCAUCAAAGACAUGCCACUUGAAGACGCAGGAAAGUUUGAACUCUGGCUCCGAGAUCGAUGGUACGAGAAAGAUGCCUUCAUCGAGCAUUUCCUCGUCACCGGUCGUUUCCCAGCCUCCAAAGAAGCAACCAAUGGCGUCACGGCAGGAAAAGGUAAUGAUGAGUUUAUCGAGACAGAAGUCAAGUUGAACCAUAUUUGGGAAGUGGGCAAUAUCUUCGUUGUCCUGGCUGCCUUCGGACUUGUCGCAAAUCUGCUUGCGAAGAUGUGGAACGCGGCGCUUUAUGGAAAACAAUACUAGUAAUGGAGGGGCCGUUGGAGUAUUGAUGUGGGGUGAAGGUGGAAUAGGGUAGUGAGGUGCAUUUUUCGGAUUUCAGGCGCGACGAUUGGAAGAUACCCAUUCAAGGACAUGAUGUUUAUGUAUGGUUCCCCCUUUCCUUCGAUCAGUGGAUUUUACAUGGUAGGCAAACAGAGGGUCAGACGGACGGACAGGUAUGGGUGGUAGUUCGGACGGGGCUUACUUUCAUAAUUCCUAUGAAGAAUAUAAAAAUUGUAUGGGACAGGUGGGAGCCACUGAAAUUCUGCAUUUCUCUCUACUAUUCCGAGUCUUUUCUUCUCAUGAAGCUUGUAUGAAGAUCAAACACAUGCCAAGCACUGUUUUUGCUUUUCAAUUUCCCCUUACAUCCUCAGUGCCUUCGCCCAGUCCUGAGCACACUUCACCAAACCCUUCCAAAGUUAUCAUCGGCCAAGGAACUCACACGUAUACUUCCUCCCCAACUAAAUUGAAGGUCCUGAGUCUUCACAGAACUGUCGGAUGUUCGCUUAGCUUUUGUCAUCAACACUCUUCAACUACUUGGCCAAAUCCUUCUCGACUUGAUCCACAAAGUUCUGCAGUACGCGGAAAGAGGAUUUAAGAUGUCUCUAAGCCUUUCCAUAAUUACACUCUACCGUAGUCUUGCCCGCAAACACGAGUGGCGAGCUAAUCUCCUUUUGUUUACAUAAUGCGGGGUGUGAGGUAAAUACAGAAUCGAGUGUCGCGGCUCACUGUCCUAGUAUUUUCGGCGGCAAUUCUAAAUGUGUUGUUGUCACUUCAAUUAUUGUUAUCAAAAAACAACUCGUACUUCAAGCUAG